CAUCUUUUUAGCCCAAUCUUCCUUUCGCUCCCUCUCUAUAAAUCUCUCUUAAUCUCGCACGUUUUGUCGAUUCUCCAACGAGCGAGGGUUUUUCUAGGGUUUCCAAACACACCUUACCCUCUCUAUCCGAUUGCGAUUUUGUUUUCUUUGCCUCAAAGAGCCACGUUUUGUGUUCGACUCUUUCUCUUUGGUACCGUUAAUCCAGGGUUCCAAUUUUGAAAAAAAGUUACUCUAGGGUUUAUUAAUUCGUUUGGCCUCUUUACGUUUGGUGUUCCAUCCGGGGUUUAGAGGGUAUAUUAGGUUAUUGAUUUCAUUCUUUCCGCUUGUGUUUGUUUCGUGGCAUUCGUUUUGAAUGUUGUCGAUCUGGAUCAAUUGCUGAAUUCAUCUUAACGUCGCUUGCGGUUAAUACGUGAAUGGUUAGAUUUAUCUUGCAAUCAAUUUUGAAACCCGAUUCGUAGAUUCCAUGUUAAUUGGUUAGAUAUCUGAUAUAACCUACAUCUAUCUAUAUAAGCUUUUGACAAUUCUGAAUCGGAAACAUUUGAGUUUGUUUGAUACAUUCAUACUUCACAAGAUUUUUACCUGGCAUCUCUAUCUGUAUAUAUGAGUUUUGAAUAAGUUUGCAAGUUAUGGGUAUUUAUGAACACCGGGAGUUGAUGCUUUCAGCUCUUGGGGAUUGAGUUUUAUGGCACCUACUUUUCCUGUAGAGUUUGCUGGACAAAGAGUUUCAAAGAAGUUAUCAUCACAAAACAAUUUCACUCAAAUGAUGGGUAAAACAAGGAAAGUUUCUAAAGGCUACUCACAUGGGUUUGUUCCAGACUACCGCCAUGCAGUUGACACCAUGGCCAACUCUGAAGGAUUUGGUAGCUCAGGGCGUCUUGACACUGAAAUGACCGCUUCAGAAGAUUCUUGUGCGCCAAACAGGAAGUCUCUUAACUUGAAUCCCGAUUCUUCCCAACACUUUGGUGUUCCAAUUCAAGUGUUGUCUUUAUCAAAGCUGUCAAGUGUUGAGAGGAAAGAAUUAGGAUUGAGAUUGAAACAUGAGCUUGAACAAGUUAGAACAUUACAGAAAAACAUUGGAAUGGUGAGCUCAAACUCAAAUGUAGGGGUUUUGUCACCAUCUGAUGUUCAUAGUUGUAGUGCUGGACAAAGGAGACCCAUUCCUGAAUAUUCUAGAUCUAUGUCCCUACCGAUGCCCAAGAGAAAAGGUCCACCUGGCCGGAGUGGUGGGUCCCGGUCAAAGAAGAGCGGGUCAGCCCGUGUGGAAUCUACAAAGAAGGCAUUACCUCCAACUUCUGGGACUGGGAAUGCCAUGUUGAUGAAGCAAUGUGAGGCACUAUUGACUCGGUUGAUGGGGCAUAAUUUUGGUUGGGUGUUUAAUACUCCUGUUGAUGUAGUAGCUCUAAAGAUUCCAGACUAUUACACUGUUAUUCAGCAUCCAAUGGAUUUGGGGACAGUGAAAACAAAGUUAAUGUCAGGAAGAUAUAUGGAUCCAUGGGCUUUUGCAGGUGAUGUUAGACUGACCUUUUCAAAUGCAAUGACAUACAAUCCACGCGGGAAUGAUGUGCAUAUAAUGGCUGAAACAUUGAGCAAGUACUUUGAAGUCAGAUGGAAACCAAUCGAGAAGAAGCUGUCAGUUGCCACAGAGGCAGUGGUUCCUAUGAGACAGAAUGUUGUAGAAACUGAAACGGAACCUCCUAUUUCCAUGCCCCCCUACAAGAAAAAGAAGACAACAUCUUUUGGUAAUGAAACAAAGCAAGAAGCUGUUAAGAGGACAAUGUCAGAUGCUGAAAAGCGUAAACUUAGCCUUGAAUUGGAGUCUUCAAUAACGGAUUUACCCGAAAGAAUUAUUGAUUUCCUUAAAGAGAACAGUUCACAUGGGAAUGCCACAGUGGAGGAUGAAAUUGAGAUUGAUAUUUAUACCCUUAGUGAUGAUACUCUAUUCAAAUUGAGGAAGCUUUUGGAUGAUCAUUUCGUGGAGAAACAGAAAAACAUGGUUAAAGAUGAAACUUGUGAUAUUGAGCUUCACAAUGAGUCAGGGUUCAGCAACUCAUCUAUGCAAGCAUGCAAAGCUAAUGAAGGUAAUGAAGAGGAUGUGGACAUUGGUGGAGAUGAGAUACCUAUUUCAAGCUUCCCUCCAGUAGAGAUAGAGAGAGACACAGCUGUGAGGAACAGCAAAAGCAGUAGUUCAAGUAGCUCCAGUAGUGGUUCCGGAUCAGCAUCUAGUGAAUCAGAUUCAGGGAGUUCUUCAGGCAGUGAAUCAGAUGAUGCAAAGGCUCCAACCAUUGUCAACAAUGCUAAGGACACAAUGACAAUGGGCAGUGAAGUUAAUAAUACGGAGCAAAUACCUGUUCCUGAUGAUGCAAAAGAUUGUGUAAAUGGGGAGCAAAAGUGUGAUGCGGGUGAAAGUGAAGGGCGUCAAGAGGGGGAGAGUGAUGCUCCUGCUCCUGCUCCUGCUCCAUCAGAGAAAGAGAGAGAGAGGCAACCCAAGAAAAAAACCACCGGAAAGGUUGAGGAGCAGGAUAGGGAAAGGUUGAGGCUUGAGAAGGAGGAAGUAGAAAAGAGAAGAAAACAAGAAAAAGCUCGAUUGGAAGCAGAAGCAAAGGCUGCAGAGGAGGCGCGGAGAAAUGCUGAAUUAGAAGCUGCAGCUGAAGCCAAAAGGAAGAGGGAACUUGAAAGGGAAGCCGCACGUCAGGCCAUACAGAAGAUGGAAAAGAUGGUUGAUAUAAAUGACAAUUCUGGGUUUCUGGAUGAUUUGGAAAUGCUAAGCGUAGCACCUGCACAGCCUUUAGAAAGCUUGAUAGACGAAACUAGUGCAGAUUGUGGUCUUGGUCUGGUGGACCCGAGCCCUCUUCCUUUAGGUUUAGGUUUAGGAGGAGGAGGGACUGGCAGUGCCUUCAACUUUGAUGGAAAACGUAAUCCAUUAGAGCAGCUUGGUUUAUACAUGAAAGAUGAUGAUGAAGAUGAAGAGGAAGAUGAACCUGCUCCACCUACACAAGUAGAUGAUCCAGAGGAAGGAGAGAUCGACUGACUCACUCAACACUUUCUUCAUACAGCCAGAGGAUAAGAUAGAUUUUUUUUCAAAGUCAAAGUCAAAGAGGAUGGAUGUGAGUUUUUAUUUUUGCCAUGGAAACAAGCAAGUGCAUAUAUAUAUAAUGAUAACGGAUUGGAGAUGGAAUGGAAACCACUGACUGUAUUCCUUUCCUUUUGGCGUUGGUUUAUUGUGUAUCGACGGAAUUCUUUCUUUGUAGCAACUACUGAGCCCGAGAGGGUAUGUUCACUUGCAACAAAUGCAAUUUUUUUUUUUUUUUU